UGGAAAGCCUGUCACAACACAUAACGUCACGCAUAGCGAUAAGUUAUUUUCCGAGAAGCUUCCCAACUGUAAUAGUUUCCUAUUAAUCAUGUCGUCGUUUGCACCACCCAGCAAAAAGGCCAAACGAUCACACAGUAAUGGAGCAGCAGCUAAAAGUGAUGGCGAUUUUUUUCCAGGAAUAAACAAAAUUGAAUACAAGCCCGAUGGAGGUCCAGAAGAUAAUCUCUGCUUCAAACACUACAAUGCUCAAGAGGUGGUAAUGGGAAAAACAAUGGAAGACUGGUGCAGAUUUUCAGUCUGUUUCUGGCAUACAUUUAGAGGCACAGGUGCUGACCCAUUUGGUUUCCCAACAAUUUCAAGACACUGGGAUGAUGGAAGUAACAGCAUGGAAAAUGCAAAGAGAAGAUUGAGAGCAGCAUUUGAAUUUUUUGAGAAACUUGGUGUGAAAUAUUACACGUUCCAUGACAGGGACAUUGCCCCUGAAGGAGACGACUUGAAAGAGACAAAUGCCAACCUAGAUCAGCUUACUGAUCUUGCCCUUGAGUUACAACAGAAGACUGGAGUUAAACUGCUCUGGGCAACAUGCAACCUCUUUUCCAACCCAAGGUAUAUGAAUGGAGCAGCCACCAACCCUGAUGCUCAUGCAUUUGCCCAUGCUGCUGCACAAGUCAAGAAGGGACUGGAGAUUGCUAAGAAACUCGGAGCAGAAAAUUUUGUGUUCUGGGGUGGACGUGAGGGAUAUCACACAUUGCUUAACACUGAUGUCAGACGAGAGCUUGAUCACAUGGGUUCCUUCUUCCAGAUGGUUGUUGACUACAAGAAGAAGAUAGAAUUUGAGGGCCAGUUACUAAUUGAACCCAAGCCUAAAGAGCCAACUAAACAUCAGUAUGAUUAUGAUGCUCAGACAGUGAUUGCAUUUCUCAAGACUUAUGGACUAGAGAAUGAUUUCAAGCUGAAUAUUGAACCUAACCACACCACUUUGGCUGGUCACAGCUAUGAACAUGAUGUUGUAGUGGCCUCCAAAUUUGGAUUUCUUGGAUCCAUUGAUUCUAACACUGGGUCACCAGAUCUUGGUUGGGACACCGAUCAGUUCCCUAUGGACAUAAAAAACUGUACUCUUGUGAUGAAGGCUAUAAUUGAACAAGGUGGUCUGGCACUUGGCGGACUGAACUUUGAUUGUAAAAUACGCCGAGAAUCCACUGACCUUGAAGAUAUGUUCAUAGCUCAUAUCGGUGCCAUGGAUUCAUUUGCUCGUGGUCUUAAGAAUGCUGCCAAACUCAUAGAAGACGGAACAUUGGAUGCAUUAGUUAGGGAGCGUUAUAGUAGCUUUGAUAAAGGAAUUGGAGCAAAGAUUGAGAAGGGAUCAGCUUCCUUGGAAGAGCUUGAGGAUUACAUUUUGGAGCACGGGGAACCAAAAAUGAUAUCAGGAAAACAGGAGAAAUAUGAAGCGAUUGUCAAUUUUUUUGUAUAGAUGGAUAAGCUAGGAAAGCUCCACAUCUUGAAUACUCGAGAAGCAGUGAGAAUUGAGUCCGUGAAUCGGUUUGAUAAACACGUAAAAGCAUCAAUAAUUAUUUAAGGAGACGCAACAUGAAUUGUUGAAUCUGUGCGUGGUGAAUAGUAACUGGGUCGAAUCAUGUUUUAAAGGCAAUCUAUUUUUUUGCUUCAAAUAAAUUAAGUCAGUAUUUCUCAAGUGAA